UGUUUGAUUGAUUGAAAAUCGAAAACAAAAUAAAUUAUGAAUUGAUCAGUCUUUUUCACAGAUCUUUUCCUUGGUUUUAUUUGAGUGUCGCUGUCGUUUACAGUAGAAUUUUAAAUAUUAAUGUAACAGUGAAAAUUGAAUAGGGUGUUCCUUUAAAAUGGCAGAAUGCUCUGUAUCCAGUAAUCCAGACCCUCAGUCUAACGACAACAGUGUGUCUACCAAAGAAUUUUUACAUUUUGAAAAGACUUGCGAGACUUACAAAGAUAGCGAUGAGGAAAUUAAGAUGAUUUUUAGUGAAAUUAACAAAUUAUCGGCCGGUAAAGAAAAGGAAAGAAUUAUCGGAGAAGAUGUUGAAGACGUGGAGUUAAUUUUGAAGCAUGCCGAAGAUAUAGCACUUGAAACCAAAAAUUUAUUACAAAGCAGCCCCGAAGCUACUAAUAAUGUGCCACCAGCGAAGGAAUCUACUACGGGAACAGUUCCUCUGAUUAGGGUUACUAAAGCUAAUGAGACUGAAAUAACCAAUGAUAGUAUAUUCACAGGUAAUGCUAAGGUAACUUCAAUUGUCAAACACAAUACUAAGGAAAACUAUGAGGUUCGUCGGAAACCGAAAUCGAGGCCGUUCUCUGCCGGUGUUUUAGAUUCGAAGAAAAGAGAGAACGCGAAAGUCGCGCGAUUUAUAACUAAUUCACCUAAAAAGACCACUGUUUGUAAACAUGAGAAUUUGUUAGAAGAACUAAAGGACACAAAUGAAAGAGUAAAAUCGAUUGAGCUUCUUAAUGUCCAACUUACAGAGGAUAAUAAAUUAUUACGAAAGAAAUUAGACCAAGUAAAUGAACAAAAACAUAAGGCUGACCUUAAAUUAAACGAAUGUGAAAAAUUUAUAAGCCGAUUAGGAAAAGAAUAUGAGAAUAGAAAUUCCGAAUUGAAAACAGUCAGAGAAAAUGAGAGUAGAGUUGUCGCUGAGUUAAAUAAAGAAAGAAAUGAAAGAAAGAAUUUAACUAUUCAACAUGAUAAAGAUAAAAUCAUCAUCCAAGAUCUUCAGAGACAAGUUAAGGAAAUGGAAAUGAUUUUGAAACGGAAACAUCCAGAUUCAGUUUCCGCAUUAAUAGUUGCAGCCAAAUCUUCGACCGUCGAAGACAAUAAAAAGAAGUUGUUAGAAGAAAGAAUUGCUCGUCUAGAACAAGAACUGAAGGACAAAGAGGAACAUUUUCAGAGUAUUCUACUGACGUUACAAGAAAAGUUUGGUGAUAUGAAGCAGAAGUAUGAAAAUCAUAUAAUUGACGUGGAGCGGCAAUUAAUGGAAGAUCGUAAAACAAAUUCAGAUCUUAAAAAUAAGAUUAAUAAAACAAAUAUGGUAACAACUGCUGUACAAACUAUUCCUAGAUCCCUGCAUACAGUUUCAACUCAGACAUUCAUAAAGCCAGAUAGGGCUUCUUCAGCUGUGAAUAGGUUGUCGCAGAAUUCGGCACUGAUCUUGAACAAGUUAAAAGAAGAUAGUUAUUUAGUAGCUACGAUAAAAGGGUUGCAAACUGAAUUGACAGUAAAGCAACGUACUAUUGCUAAAAUUAAUAGGGAGACUGAAGAGUUGAGAAAGAAUUUGAGAAAUUUGCAAAAGGAAAAAGAAGUUUUGUUGAAUUUGAACCCCCAAAGGAAGCCUGGUUGUAGACCGACUAAAUCAAUGGAGAAUAUUUUGGCUAAAGUGACUAAUGAAAUGGAGGCAGAGUUGUCGGAGAUGCGGAAACAAAAAGAGGUUCUAAUGCAGGAGAGGAGUGGUUUGUUGGACUCUCUGAAGAGGACCAACGAGGAAUUUAUAUUGCUAAAGAAGAAACGAAUUCAAGAUCUACACACUCUCCAAUUAGCCCAUGAGAAAGAGUUAAUGCAGAUGAACAUGCAAUUGUACCCGUUGCAAGAGGAGAUCAAACUCCUGAACAGGACCGUUGAGAUCCUGCAGGAGAGGAUCAGGAACGCCGAUGAUAAGCUUCUCCGGUACCAGGCCGGAAUCAAAGAGGUGGAUGUACAUGCUGGAGGUGAUAACCCGGGCAAUAGAGCAAGGAAGGAAGUUAAGUGAUUUUUUUAAAUGAAUUGUGAAUUUGGAUAUUUUUUAUUUAUGUUUUCUUUAAGAAAAUAUUGUUGUUGAGUUGAGUGCCCUGAUUGUGGUUUUCAAUUAUUUAUCCAUAAAAAACAAAAUAACCCUUACAGUCAGUAAAUUAUCACGUAUAGUAUUGUAUCACGUCACAGAUGUCAAAUGCACACAUUUAGAUAUAAAUCUCUACCUUAAAAAAUCGCAACAUCUUAUUCAUUUUUUCCAUUUGAUUUUCUUUUUGUAUUGGUACUAAUGCACAUCAAAUACAAUUUAAGGACAGAAAAAAAUGGAACUACUUUUAAGAUACUUAUAUACAAAAAAAAUGUAAGGAAAAAUAUUGAAAACCAUUGUAUUAAGUGUAUAUUUAUUGCACCUACGUCUUAUUUAUUCUCUCCAUCUAAAGUAAUUAUUAUUCCAUCCAAAGAUCAAGUUGCUUUAACAACAGAAAAAAAAUUGCGAAAUAUAUUUUUUAAAUCAUUGUUGAAGAAGAGAAUUUCUGAUGUUAAUGCAUUUUAAAAAGAUAUAUUUUAUAAUGGACAUUUGGACAUUGAAUAAUGCGUUUUAAUGGUAUAAUAUGCAAUUAUUGCGUGAAAAAGUAUACUCGUAGAUAACACUAUACUUAAGAGAUUUAGGUAGGAAUGAGGAAAGUAACAAAUCGUUGGUAAUAUUUACUUGACCAUAUGGUUGUUAAAAUUUACCUGGUGAUGUGAUAUUGUCCGAAAAUAACCACUUAAUUUAAUAAGAAGGUUUUUUUCUAUAUCAAAAGCAAAUACAAAUGUUGGUCAUAAGCUUUCAAACGAUAAUUUAAUGUUCAAAUUUAGAAUAGUUAUAUCCAUCCCGCUUUUCUGCCUAAUGAUUUUACUCGAAGUCUAGUCUAGCACUAGACUUACCUGCUAGUAGACUAGUACUACUAGACUAGUAGAUUAUUGAAGAAGGUAUGUAGCGUUCAUAAAUAAUAAUUAUGGAAUAAAAAAUAAAUUACUUUUUAAGUUUCAAAGCUAGUUUUAUUUUCUUAUUCUUUGUAUUCAUGAAUUUUAUUGUUUAAAUACCAUGGUGAAUGUUUAACUAGUUUGUAUUAUAACUUAUAACGUUUCUCUUAAUUUUAUUUCUUAACUUAGACGUCAUCACAGGAAGUCAAUUAAGUAAUUUGUUUAUUUUUUUUAAUACGUAUAUAAUCACGUCUAUUUCCAUUGCGGGGUAGACAGCCAACAGUCUUGAAAUAACUGAUAGGCCACGUUCAGCUGUUGUUUGGCUUAAUGAUAGAAUUGAGAUUAUUAAUUUGCCCUAGAUUAAUAUUUUUCUACUUUGGCAAAGUUUCAUGGAUAUCCAAUAUUUACCCUUUUGUAACUAAAGCCAGUUUAGCUUGUGUUGUAGUUUGACAGCCUGCAGGUCACUCAUUAAGUAAGCUGUUACCAUAAUCCUGUAAAUACCGAAUACCUUCACGCGCCAAAAAACUAAGGUUUAUUGCUUGUAUUUUUUUACAACUUUCAGUGGCGAAUAACUGCAGUGGUAAUUAUUAUAGUACGGUAUAGAUUAUUAUCUUAUCUGCUUUGAAGUAAUUACUGCGUAUGUUAAUUUAUUGAUAAGAAAGGGACCAGAUAGCUUUAUAAUUCGUAAGUGUUCUUCAAGCGUGCCUAGAGUGUUAUUAAGGACUUAGAUUAAUUUUAAUUGUUUGAUGUUAAUUAAAGCACAAGUCAUUCUAUUAUGAGGUUCCUAUGGUAUAUAAAUAAUGUGAACAAUUCUAGUCAAGACUACUUUGUGAGUGCAUACUGCUUAUUCAUGGUGCCUUAUGGU